AUGGAUGCAGCGUAUUCAUGGCUACGACGAAGUGUUUCCAGCCUCAGAAAGACGACUUCACCCUCCUCAACCACCACCAUCGCCACCUACGCCGCGGCUCCGUAUUCUAAUCGGAGCUCCGAGAACAAAUUACAGGAAGAGAAUGAGGAAGAGGAGAAAACCUACGGAAUAACUGAUCAAUUGAUAGAUUUCGUCAAGUCCUUCACUCUUGAAACCUUCAAUAACUUCUCACUUCCUGAGGAAGACGAAAGUAGUUGUGACGGUGGGAAUGCUGGGCAUUUGCGGAGGGAUCUCUCUGAUUGGCAAGAAAAACAUGCUAUGCUUAUAUUAACCAGAGUCAAGGAACUAGCACAACUACGGUUUCAGUUAUGCCCUCGCCAUUUGAAGGAAAGGCAGUUUUGGAGAAUAUACUUUAGUUUUGUUAAGAGUUUCGUGGCAGAAUACGAGCUGCGAGCUGUACAAUUAGCCAAACUCAGACUGAUGAGAAUGGGAAAUGAAACUGCCUCUAACAGUAGUCCAUGUGAAGUUGAAAUGUCUGAAGCAAAAUUAGUAAUGCCUGUGGAGACUGCAAAUUCUGUUCAUCAAAGUUGA